AUGUCCACCGAAUUCACCGUUUACAAAGGCUCAAAGGACGGCAAAGUCCUCAAGGGUAAGACGUACCGGGUGCUGAAGAACGAUGAUGUCCUGGUCAAAAUCACCCACUCUGGCCUCUGCUACACCGACGUCCACUACCGCACGACGGACAUGGUCCUCGGCCACGAAGGCGUCGGCAUCGUCGAGAGCGUUGGUCCCAACUGCCAUGAUCUGAAGGCCGGCGAUCGCGUAGGGUGGGGAUACGUCCACGACACAUGCGGCUCCUGCAGAAUGUGCCUCCGAGGCGAGGAUAUGUACUGCCCGAAGGCCGUCUUAUACGGGGUCGGCGAUCUCGAUAUGGGCUCCUUCGCUAGUCACGCCGUCGUUCGUGAGGCAUUCCUGCAUCGCGUGCCGGACGAGAUUGAACUCGUCAAUGCGGGUCCGCUCUUCUGCGGUGGUGCCACCGUAUUUGAGGCACUGAACAGGUAUGGUGUCACGUCGACCGACCGUGUCGGCGUCAUCGGUGUCGGUGGCCUCGGUCAUCUUGCCAUCCAGUUCGCCGCUAAAAUGGGCUGCAAAGUCGUCGUCUUCAGCGGCACCGAGAGCAAAAAGGACGAAGCCAUCGCGCUGGGCGCGACCGAGUUCCACGCCACCAAAGGCCUGACCAGCCUCGCCCAUGUCCAACCCAUCGACUGCCUGCUCGCCACUCCAAGUGCGCAGCCAGACUGGAAGCUCUACCUCGACAUUAUGGCGCCGAAAGGGAAGGUCUUCCCACUCACCGUCGAAUUGGGCAACUUCGAGAACUUCCCCGCUUUCCCUGUCAACGCCAAGGGCCUCACUAUUCAGGGCUCUGCGUGCGGCCCGCGCAUCCUCUAUCGCCAGAUGCUCGAGUUCGCCGCGCGGCACGGCGUAAAGCCCGUGGUGCAGACCUUUCCCAUGCCGGAAGACGGUAUCGAGGAGGCCUUCAAGGUGCUGCAAGAGGGCAAGAUGCGCUACCGCGGCGUUCUUGUUGCGCAGAAUUGA